AUGAUUGCGCCGCAGGAUGACGAGGAGACACCUUUUCUGCAUCGAGCGGAGCAGCCAACGACCAAGACACCUCUGCCCUGGAAUCAAUUUUGGAUCGUACUGUUAUUGGACAUGCCAGAUCCUGUUUCUUCUUAUACCCUUGCCCCGUUUAUUCCCCAACUUAUUAAAGAUAUUGGAGUGACGAACGGAGACGAAUCCCAAGUUGGUCACUAUGUCGGCAUCCUUCAAUCAUCAUACUAUGCAGCUCACGCACUAACUGUUUUUAAUUUGAGCCAACUGUCUGAUCAUAUUGGGCGGAAGCCUGUAAUGCUGAUAGCAUUGUCAGCACUAUCUGUUUCGAUGUUUUCGUUUGGGCUGUCGAAGACAUUCCUUGGUCUGGUUGUUAGUCGUGUUAUCUGUGGAACAUUUGAUGCUAGCAAUAGUGUCAUGAAGAGCGUGCUUAUCGACAUCACCGACGCAACCAAUAUGCCCAAGGCAUUCAAUUAUAUGCCAAUUCCGUGGAUGAUCGCAAGCACACUUGGGUAG